UGAUCUUUGAAGAGAGAUUUAUCGCUUUCUGUGGCAAUACUGAAUACUCAAAAGCAGGAAGGUGAGAUGGAAGGUGAGGCAGUCGAAGCUAUUGUGGAGGAAUCAGAAACUUUCAUCAAGGGAAAAGAGAGAAAAACUUAUCAAAGACGCCGCGAAGGUGGGCAAGAUGAUGAUGCUUGUCAUAUACCACCAAACCAGGCGGAUGGAGGUGAAGUAGUGCAGGAUGUCAACAGUGGGGUGCAGAUGGUGAUGAUGGAUCAGCUGGAUCCAACUCUUCUUCAAAUGAAGACUGAAGUAAUGGAAGGUGCAGUGCCUCAAGAAACAGAGGCUACUGUGGAUGACACACAGAUCAUAACACUUCAGGUUGUUAAUAUGGAAGAGCAGCCUAUAAACCUUGGUGAGCUUCAGCUGGUCCACGUACCUGUACCAGUGACUGUACCUGUUGCCACCACAUCUGUGGAAGAACUUCAGGGAGCUUAUGAAAAUGAGGUUUCCAAAGGAGGCCUGCAAGAGGGGGAGCCCGUGAUCUGUCACACUCUCCCUCUACCAGAAGGCUUCCAAGUAGUGAAAGUGGGUGCAAAUGGUGAGGUGGAGACACUGGAACAAGGUGAACUUCAGCCACAGGAAGAUCCCAAUUGGCAAAAGGAUCCAGAUUAUCAGCCACCAGCCAAAAAAACAAAGAAAAACAAAAAGAGUAAGCUUCGCUACACUGAGGAAGGCAAAGAUGUGGAUGUCUCUGUGUAUGACUUUGAAGAGGAGCAGCAGGAGGGUUUGUUGUCCGAGGUCAAUGCAGAAAAGGUGGUUGGCAAUAUGAAGCCACCUAAACCGACAAAAAUUAAAAAGAAAGGUGUAAAGAAGACAUUCCAGUGUGAACUGUGCAGUUACACUUGUCCGCGUCGUUCCAACCUGGACCGCCACAUGAAAAGCCACACCGAUGAAAGACCACACAAGUGCCAUCUCUGUGGCAGGGCUUUCCGGACAGUCACGUUGCUGAGGAACCACCUCAACACUCACACAGGUACUCGCCCUCACAAGUGCCCAGACUGCGACAUGGCCUUUGUGACCAGUGGAGAGUUGGUUCGGCAUCGCCGCUACAAACACACCCAUGAGAAACCAUUCAAAUGUUCCAUGUGUGAUUAUGCCAGUGUGGAGGUUAGCAAAUUGAAACGCCACAUUCGCUCUCACACCGGAGAGCGCCCGUUCCAGUGCAGCCUGUGCAGCUAUGCCAGCAGGGACACCUACAAGCUGAAGAGGCACAUGAGGACCCACUCCGGAGAGAAGCCAUAUGAAUGUUACAUCUGCCAUGCUCGCUUCACCCAGAGUGGUACCAUGAAGAUGCACAUUUUGCAGAAGCACACGGAAAAUGUGGCCAAAUUCCACUGUCCCCACUGUGAUACUGUUAUAGCCAGAAAGAGUGACCUGGGUGUCCAUUUGCGGAAGCAGCAUUCCUACAUCGAGCAGGGCAAGAAGUGUCGCUACUGUGACGCUGUGUUUCACGAGCGAUACGCCCUCAUCCAGCAUCAAAAGUCUCACAAGAAUGAGAAGCGCUUCAAGUGUGACCAGUGUGAUUAUGCCUGCAGACAGGAGCGGCACAUGGUCAUGCAUAAACGGACCCACACUGGGGAAAAGCCUUAUGCCUGUAGUCAUUGUGAUAAAACCUUCCGCCAGAAACAGCUCCUCGACAUGCACUUCAAACGAUACCACGAUCCCAACUUUGUCCCUGCUGCCUUUGUCUGUUCCAAGUGCGGCAAAACAUUCACUCGCAGGAACACAAUGGCCAGACAUGCUGAUAACUGCUCUGGCCUAGAGGGUGGGGAAGGAGAGAAUGGAGGAGAGACAAAGAAGGGCAAACGUGGCCGAAAGAGAAAGAUGCGGUCUAAGAAAGAAGAUUCCUCUGAUAGUGAGGAAAAUGCUGAGCCAGAUUUGGAUGAUAAUGAAGAUGAGGAAGAGACAGCAGUAGAAAUUGAGGCUGAACCAGAAGUUGAGCAAGAGGCUCCUGCACCACCUCCCAGUAAGAAACGAAGAGGAAGACCACCAGGCAAAACGGCCACCCAACCAAAACAAUCCCAGCCUGCAGCAAUCAUUCAGGUUGAAGACCAGCACACUGGUGAAAUUGAAAACAUUAUAGUUGAAGUGAAGAAAGAACCUGAUGCGGAAACAGCAGAGGAAGAGGAAGGUCAGCCUGGUGUAGUGGAAGCUCCUAACGGAGACCUCACCCCUGAGAUGAUUCUCAGCAUGAUGGACCGGUGAUGGAGGACGACCACGCUGGCUGACUGAACUGGCCUGGGCUGUGUUUAAGCGGCUCAAAUCUAUUUUUCCUUUAAUCUUUUUUCUUGGCUUUGGGAAAUGCAUCAUUUUAGACCAUUUUACCAAACAUACUGGGAAAUAAAACGAUGUUAGAAUGUGAUUUAACUAGAACUUGCUGUUUUAUGUUAGCAUUACAGGAUCAUGGAACAUUAGGAAAUAUUUUGGAGUCCUUGAGGGUUUCCUGUGAGAUGCUUGAUUUUAGUUUUGCUCUGAACUGCAUUGUAAAGCUGGUCCAAGGGCCGUGUUUACAUGCAUCGAGUUUUAAUAUACAAAAGCGGAAGCCUUGACUAGAGUAUGUGGAAAACCACUCCGGACUUGCCCUUCCAGUUCCCAGAGUCCUUGAGCCUCUUUUCUCAGUAGUGUUUUUAACUGUAAAUGCAGACUUGGGAGGGUUUUAGACUUACGAAAUGUUUUUGGGUUUUUUUUUUUUGGGUUUUUUUUUUUUGCUUUUUCCCACUGACUAGCUCCGGUUCUCCAAGUCAGCUGCACACGGUAGUUUUGGCAUGCUCCAACUGGUUUCUGUCCUUAAUAUGCUUUGCUUUCUGCAAAGCAUUUCUGUAAUGGUCAAGCUUGUAAAUAACGUUUGUUUUUUUUUUUUACAUUUUAAUCUUUUUCCAUUAAUUAAGAGGUAUGCAAAAAUGCCAUUUAAAUAAACCCCAGUAUUGUAAUUCCUUUCAAACUAAGUGACAAGAGAAUUGAUAGAGUGUAAAUGUUGGAAAAGCUGUUGAUAACCAGUUGUGUAGACAAGAGAUGUACCCAGGCUAUUGCUUGCAGAACAAGAGAAACCCACGUGUGAAAUCUGGUUUUGAAGCACAAAAAACUGGUAUUUCAUAG